CUAUAUCACGUGAGUAGCAUGUGAUGGGUAAAUAUGAGGAGAGGGAGAGACCUAUACGGUUGUCCCACCCUAGAAUUUUGGCUCUCAGAUUUUGGCUUUUGGAUCUACAUGAUUCCCUGCAACGUUUUUCUACCAUAGAAGAGUAUGAAUCUUGAUAUCUUGUUUAUUUUUGGCUCUCAGUUAUAAUCAUUGUGUUAUUUUUUGAGCGUUCUUCUCCUCCUUAGACAGUUCCAAUGACUCCUAAAAUCACAAUCGUAAGGGAAAAAAAGGGUUAAAGUUAUUAUGGUUGGAAGGAAAAGUAAUAAGGAAGAAACUUCUGUUUCUACUACACAUGCUUUUCAUUUUACCCCUUUCAACAAACUUUGUAAUUACAAAUUUGUCAUUUAUCUAUGCUAUUAUAUAAGGUAAGAACUUUAGGGUUUGGUGAGAGUUCUGAAAAUUCGAAUAGGUUUUUUGAUACAAGCUAUAUUGCAGGAUGGGGGGAGUCGAAGCUAGGACCUCAGUUGGAGGGGUAAAUGUUUUUAAUCAAUUGAGCUACAACCCCCUUGAGAAAAGGUUUUCAUUUAAAGAAAUUGUCACAAGAAGGAUUUCAUUUAAUGAAUAUAUUGAGGAGAAUUGCUCUUGUUCCCUUAAAAAGAAGAAGGCCGAAGCCUAAAGGGCAAUCAGGUGAAUUACUACUUGAAGCUAGAGAUUUAUGUUUUCUUUAUUCUCCAGAAGGACAAGAUAAAUAUCUGAUGGAUAACAAAAAAGUAUAGACAGGUUCUGUAUAUGCAUCUAAUUCUUGGUGUUAUUAGAUGGUACAUCAUAGUUUUAUGUUAAGCUCAGCUCCACACAGGGGAAAGGGAAAGAAUGGUACGUAGCAAUGCAAGUUUGGUAUAUUGCUUUAUCAGAAUAAAGUAGUGAGCAAGAUACCUAAAUGGAACAGCCGCACUGUACAAGAUAUAUGAUAUAUUUAUACAACAGACAACAAAUGCUUUCAAACUAGGAAAGGAAGAUACCAAAACCUUCCCUACCAAUAAGAACUAGGAACAACCUCAAACUUAAUUCCAUGUCUUGCCGAGCCCCCCCUCAACCCUAAAUCACCACCACAUCUUCCUCCAACAUAAAACCUCGCCAAAAAACCCCAAAACACUCUUGCCCUAUGUUGUCACUAUCUGGGCACCAACCAUCAGUAGCCCUCAAUGACAAGAAAGUUUUUCCAUGGUGCCACCCAAAGAACCACACACCCUCUGGUUUGGUUUGCGGCUGUUAUCUGCACUGUUAUUGCCAUAGCCGUGAUCAUUGCGGGGAUCGCUUUGUUCGCGGGCUACAUGAUCAUCCAUCCGAGGGUGCCUUUCAUCACCGUCACCUCAGCUCACCUGGACAACUUUCAAAACUCAGUGGCUGGUCUUCUUGACACAGAAAUCACCAUUAUUGUGAAGGCUGAGAAUGACAACACAAAAGCACAUGCCAGCUUUUCGGAUACAAGCUUCACACUGAGCUUCCAAGGCCUGAACAUUGCCAGGUUGGUGGCAUUGCCAUUUGAUGUGAAGAAAAAUAGUUCGGUGGAUUUUCAUUAUUUGGUGCAAUCUUCAUCGAUUCCAUUGAGCCCUGAGCAGAUGGAUCAAAUAGAUAUUUCAUUGAAGCGAGAUAAAAUUAGUUUCAAUUUGAAGGGGAAUUUGAGAGCAAGGUGGAGAGUAGGGCCGAUUGGCUCUGUAAAAUUCUGGGGUCAUUUGAAUUGUCACCUCAGGUUUCAUCCUUCAAAUGGAAGCUACAUACACUCACCUUGUAGCUCCAGGGCAAAAUAGUAAAAUUGUUAAGUACUUUCCCUUCUUCCCUUCUUAUCCUUUUAGCUUUUAUGUAGACAACUUGAGUUCCUCUUUCAAAAUAAAUAGGCUUCAUUCCAAUUUUCAUGUUUGAGAUUAUUCAAAGACAAAUAAUUAUAAUCUCAUCUUUAUAU